AUGUCGUUUCCAGCACCCUGCAUAGCACUUUGCACACACCGCCUUGCUUUAAAUCCUCCAGUUCCACUUUUAAGAAUUAUAGAUUCGUCGUGCAUAAGUGGAAAUUUGGGUUUCAAGAGGUUAAAAAACCCACCCAAUGUCGCAGAGCUAAAAAGUACGAGUCUGGACAGAAGAGUUAGUGUCCUUAGGAGAAGAGACACCAGAGUGCUACAUGAGGACACAGUGAGAAGGUGGCUCUCUGCAAGCCAGGAAGAUAGCUUUCACAAGAAACCUACCCAGCCAGACCUUGAUCCUGGACUUUCAGUCUCCAGAACUGAACCAGAUGUUAAAAAAUUAGAAGACAGGCUUCAGGGUGGCCAAAUAGAAGAGGUGAUUCUUCAGGCUGAAAAUGAACUAAGUCUGGCAAGAAAAAUGAUACAGUGGAAGCCAUGGGAACCUUUAGUGGAUGAGCCUCCUGCCAACCAAUGGAAAUGGCCAAUAUAAUCAUCAUCAAAUAACUUGUGUGUUGAAGGGAAAAUGAUGUGAUUAAAUGUUCUGUUAUAUCAAAAA